AUGUGAGUCGCAUUCGGAUUUUGCUGAAAGAUGUGCUACUUCUAGUGAAUUUCGAUGGUGUAUAUUGGAGUUUUUGCAGUCAAUAUCCAAGAAUUUUAGGUUUUAUCUUGUUUUGAUUGAAUUUAAUUUCUGAUGAGCUCAUUUCUUCAAAAAGUGAAAACUGACCUUUCGGAGAGUUGCAAAUCAGGUGACAGUGCUAUAGUUUUCUUUUGAUAUGAUCGAUGUAAGAGUGCAAAUGUGAUCACUAUCAUGCACAUCUCAUUAGCCUAGAUAGUGGCAUGACCAUCAGAUUGAAGCAACAUUCUUACACCAUAUCAACAUUUUAGGACUUCAAGAAGUCAGUUUCAAUUUGAAAUGGCAACUAUCCACAAAUUUCUGAUUUUAUCUCGUUUUAAUUCAAUUCAUUUCCUGGCGAACGUUUUGUAACUCAAAUCUGAAACACUAUUUUGGUGGCAGGAGCUUGACUUUGGUUGUUGCACUAUGAGCAAAUAUGACAGUCUGUGGAUGAAUCUAUGACAUUUUGAAGGAUUACAAUGCUAAGAGAUGAGGUGUUGAUAAACUUUAGGAUAUAUCACUCACAUCUAGGUCGGUCUCUUCAACAUUGGAUCGUUCUAAGACGAAAAAUGUUCACAGACAGUGAUACCACACUCUCAAACCAAGUAGAAUUCUACAUUUACGUACAUCAAAAACUCGACUUUCUCAGUUAAACGCGCUAGGAUCCCAUGACCCAUCUGCUUGACUGACCCAUCUUCUCGACGAACAAGCAGCUUACAGUACUACUUGCUAUUACUUGCUACAUCGCCCCUGCUACUGCAUCAAUCGCUACCGUAGUGUGGUAGUCUGACAUACCCCUUGAGUGGGUACAUUUACCGUCUCCUCGAAGAUUGGAUGAAGAUGAGAAUAUGCAUACCCUGUUCUACACAUGACCGCCGCUCUGUUUGUGCCACUGUUCUUGCUAGUAGAGAAUUUGUAGACUCCGUGGAUGUUUAUACUACAACUGUUCCUGCUACUACUAGGGAAAGAUUUGUAGGCUAGCUGUAGGAAUAGGAUGCAACUUCUAGGGUACCUAGACUUGUUGACAAACACUGGCUCCUACACUCUACUAGAAAAAUCCAUCUUUCUCUUCUUUAUCCCAUUGGUAUUGCUAGUCUGAGGGAAAAACAAAUCGUUUUGAUCGAGAUCGAGUAAGCGUGUAGCUCUGGUGGUG